AUGCGGACCUUUCUCUUUCUUUUUGCUGUUUUCUUCUUUCUGGCCCCAGCUGAGAAUGGAUUCAUUAAUGAAAAAUGCUACUACUUAAAAGGAAAAUGUCAAUCUUCUUGUGCUAAAAAUGAAGAACUUGUUGCGCUCUGCUGGAAGAAUGAGAAAUGCUGUGUGAAAGUCCAACCGUGUAAGAGGACAGAAGCAGACGACUGA